UCUUCUGCAGCUUGGCCCUGUCUCAGUAUGGUUUCUGGAAAGCUGAUCAAGCUCCUGGUUUUUGAGCUUCUCGAAUUUGCUGCCUUCUCCACUCCCACGCUGGUGAUUGUGGAACAGUUUGCCACUGCCUACCAAAGGACAGCAGGCAACCCCGAGAAAACACAUUAUUGGCUGAUUGUGUCCUGUUCGAUUGCCUAUGUGGCUUCGGUGACUCUGCUGAUUUGGGUCCCCAUCAAAGUUCUCCUCUACAAGAAGCAUCGCUUGUCCAAAAAAAUUAAAGGAUGGAGACCUGUUAUGAUGAUGUGCGUUAUACUCACCACACUUCCCAGCUUCAGCUUUUCUAUUGCAGUGACUGAGGUUCAAAAGAAUAUUUAUGGUUCUACGGAUCUCUUACCUCUUACCUUACCUGACCAUCCAGUUUCUCUGGUUCUGACUUCCUUGAUUGUGGUUGAUAUUAUUGAAAAACUCAGGAUAUAUCCUCUUAGAGGCUGCCAAAAAGGGAAUGAAGACAGGCAUAUUCAUACAACUACUUUGCACCAAGUAAAAACGGUGACGGACCAAGUGAAUCAAAAGGAAGAAAAUACGUCCUUUCCGCAGCCAGCCAGCAGGACUGAGGCACCACAGCCGCCGGGAGAAAGCAGAUGGAGCCCUGCUCCGGUGCUGGCGGGACCCCAGGAGCCCUCCUUCCACUCGGGAGUCCUGGGAGCCAUGUCCCAGCAGGACAUCCGUGCGCACAUCAUCCUCUGGAGCUUUCUGCUGUGGUCCGACACCAUCGAGAUGGUGCGCGUGGCUGGCCACCUUGCAGUCUAUAAGUCAGGCUGGCUGUACCCAGUCUACAUAUUCAGUUUUAUUUCUCUCCUUCGGAUAAUAUUAACACCUCAGAACCCUCUUCACAAUUCCCUGGGCAUCAUUCUCCAAGACUUACCCUUUGCUUUUGUUAGACUUAGUUUAAUCAUUGCCCUGGGAACUAUCACACCCGUAUUGGGCCUUUGUAAAAACAUCCUUGUGACUGUCUCUUAUGUUUACUUCAAUUAUUUCUCCAAAUCCAAAGCUUUCUCUACGUUUGAAAUACCUUCAUUUUAAAAAGAAAAUGUAAUAGGGGUGCCUGAGUGGCUCAGGCGUUUGAGUGUCCGACUUUGGCUCAG